ACAAAGAUGGCUGCGCCCUGAAGCCUUUUCUUCCUAUCCUAAGUUUUUGCGCCUAGUUCAUGUCAGGUUCAGGGUCAGACUCUGCCUUUCUCCAGCUAUGUUUUCUCUCCGAGGUUGUGGUCUCUGUGUCGCGGCUUCCCUCAGCAAAAAGCACCUUCCGUUGGCCCGGUUCAUCGGCGACAGCGCGGCGCCCGUGGCUGCGAACUUUGACGUGGUAGUCAUUGGCGGAGGACAUGCCGGGACCGAGGCAGCCGCCGCUGCUGCUCGGUGCGGCUCCCGGACUCUGCUACUCACCCACCGCGUGGACACGAUCGGUCAGAUGUCCUGUAAUCCUUCCUUUGGUGGCAUUGGCAAGGGGCAUUUAAUGAGGGAAGUUGAUGCCUUGGAUGGCCUGUGUUCUCGAAUCUGUGACCAAUCUGGUGUACAUUACAAAGUAUUAAACCGGCGUAAGGGACCGGCUGUUUGGGGUCUGAGAGCUCAAAUUGAUAGGAAGCUCUAUAAGCAGAACAUGCAGAAAGAAAUCCUAAAUACACCGCUGCUUACUGUUCAGGAGGGAGCUGCAGAAGACCUUAUUCUUACAGAACCAGAGCCUGAGCACACCGGGAAAUGCCGUGUCAGUGGUGUGGUUUUAGCGGAUGGAAGCACAGUACAUGCAGAGAGUGUGGUUCUGACUACUGGGACGUUCCUGAGAGGCGUGAUUGUAAUUGGACUGGAGACACAUCCGGCAGGGCGUUUAGGGGAUCAGCCUUCCAUUGGGUUGGCUCAGACUCUGGAGAAGUUGGGGUUUGUGGUGGGAAGAUUGAAGACUGGGACUCCACCCCGAAUUGCCAAAGAGUCGGUUAAUUUCAGCAUUCUAAACAAGCAGACACCAGAUAAUCCAUCCAUACCAUUCAGUUUUAUCAAUGAGACAGUGUGGAUUAAGCCAGAAGAUCAGCUGCCAUGUUACUUGACUCACACCAACCCUAGAGUGGAUGAGAUUGUCCUUGAGAACCUUCACCUUAAUAGUCACAUUAAGGAAACUACAAGAGGACCCAGAUACUGUCCAUCCAUUGAAUCAAAGGUUUUGCGUUUUCCAAACCGUCUACAUCAAGUUUGGCUGGAACCUGAAGGAAUGGAUUCUGACCUCAUCUACCCUCAAGGGUUAUCUGUGACACUACCAGCUGAAUUACAAGAGAAAAUGAUCACAUGCAUCAAAGGCUUGGAGAAAGCUAAAAUGAUUCAGCCAGGCUAUGGUGUUCAAUAUGAUUACUUAGACCCCCGUCAGAUCACUCCUUCUCUUGAGACUCAUUUGGUGCAACGGCUGUUCUUUGCUGGCCAGAUAAAUGGCACUACUGGUUAUGAGGAAGCUGCAGCUCAAGGUGUGAUAGCUGGAAUCAAUGCAAGUCUUCGGGUCAAACGGAAGCCUCCUUUUGUCGUCAGCCGAACAGAAGGCUACAUAGGAGUCUUGAUUGAUGACCUCACCACACUGGGCACCAACGAACCCUACCGCAUGUUUACAAGCCGAGCAGAGUUCCGUCUGUCACUGCGCCCUGAUAAUGCCGACAGCAGGCUCACGUUCCGAGGGUAUAAGGAAGUUGGCUGUGUGUCCCAACAACGAUAUGAAAGAGCUUCUUGGAUGAAGUCUUCUUUGGAAGAAGGCAUUUCUGUGCUAAAAUCCAUUGAGUUUUCAAGUUCUAAAUGGAAAAAAUUAAUUCCAGAGGCUUCUAUAAGUAUUGGUAAAAGUCUGCCUCUCAGUUCACCAGCCACUUAUGAAUCAGUGUUGUUCCAUCAGCAACAACAAAUAAAUGAGGUUCAGCAAGAUGAAGCGCUCCAACUGCCAAAAGACCUAGAUUAUUUAACCCUCAGAGAUGUGUCUUUGUCUUAUGAAGUUCGAGAGAAGCUACAUUUCAGUCGCCCAGAAACGAUUGGAGCUGCUAGUCGUAUACCUGGAGUGACACCUGCUGCCAUCAUCAAUCUGCUUCGAUUUGUGAAGACCACUCAGCAAAGACAGAUGGCUAUGAAUGAAUUGCCCAAAGCUAAUCAGUCCUUAUGUGAUACAGAAAGCCUUGAAGAGAGACAGUUAUAGCUUUAUAUUUAUAGAAGACUUUUAAGUAGUACAAGAGUAUAGAUAGGAUAUAAGAAGUAUUUAUAUUUAGCACCUAUUAAAAUAAUAAAAUAAACUUACUAGGUUA